AUGACCCUCAAGCUCUACGCUAAUCUCGUCAGCCAGCCGUCGCGUACCGUGGCUUGGGUACUCAAGGUCAAGGGGGUAGCCCAUGAGCUCGUCUCUGUGGACCCAGGCAGUGAUUUUAUCAAGUCGGACGAGUUCACAGCUAUUAACCCGAACCGUCUCGUGCCGGUCAUCAAGGAUGACGACUUUGUGCUGACCGAAGGGAUGGCCAUCUUGCAGUAUCUGGGUGACAAGUAUGAAUGGACUGGCUCCACGGAUCUAUACCCGAAGGAUCUUAAAGUGCGCGCCAAAAUCAACGAGUUCUUGCACUGGCACCACACCAACACACGGCUUUUCACGAUAAAUAUUGUGCGUCCAGAGAUCGCCAAGAAGCUCAAGACCGUCACGCCUAAGGACUUGGCUGCAUUGGAGGAUAAGGACUCUCUCAUUGAGGAAAAGUUUGAUCUGCUCGAGACAUUCCUAGUUAACGAUUUUAUCGCUCACACCGACUUCCCCACCAUUGCCGAUUACACGGCGUAUUGCGAGAUUGACCAGCUUGAGUUCAUGGGUUACGACUUUUCCAAGUACCUAAAGGUGUCUGCGUGGAUUGCUCGUAUGAAGUCCCAGCCGUUCAAUGACGAGAUCCACGAGCCGCUCAAGGGGUUCAUCGAACAGUUCGGUCUCAUCGCGUGA